AUGUCCCGCGAUAUAGUCUCCUUAGAUAACGUCUAUGCCAAUAGGUUGGGAACUUUUGUGAAGUUAACCAAUUCUAUCCUACCAGUGCAAUAUCCAGAUUCUUUCUUUCAAGAGAUCGUUCAGAAUAAAAAUGGUAAAGAAACUUCCUUUGCUCAAUUAGCAUUCUACAGUGAAGUUGCAGUUGGUGCAGUUAAGGCUAAACUUAUAGCUAACAAGAAAGGUGGGAUCCUACCUCAUGGUAUGUACAUCGAAGUUCUAGCGGUGUUGGAACAUUACAGCGGGAAGGGUAUUGGCACUAAGUUGUUAGAGUAUGUGGAAAGUGAGGCCAAGAAACAUUACCAACAUGCCUUAUACGUCCACGUUGCUUCCGAUAACGUUCGUGCUAUAACCUGGUACAAAAAGCGUGGAUUUGAGCAAGAUGGUGAUGUUCUUUUAGAUUAUUAUAAGAAUACAACGGGUUCAGCCAAUGCCCUGGUAUUGAAAAAGACAUUUUAA